AUGGAACCAGACAGCUCAUAUCCCCAUCUUGAGCCCAUGGAAUCCUUUCCACAUCUUCAGAACUUGAUUUAAUAGAUUCAUUCUGUGCCCUGUAUAUACUCCUUGUAUUCAAAAUUGUAAAUGUAUUUUUAUGAAAAUGAAGUAUCUGUGUGCUCAUAUUCAGUGUGUACAUGCUUUAAUCCGUUUUGUAGGGAACUGUUUGGUGAAGGGCUCAACUGGGCUGGUUGCACCAUGAUAGUGUUGUUGGGACAGCAGCGACGCUUUGAGGCGCUCGAUUUCUGCUACCACAUUCUACGUGUACAACGUGUAGAUGGGAAAGAUGAAAAUGUUAAAGGAAUUGCUCUGAAACGGAUGGUGGAUCGCAUUCGUCGCUUCCAGGUGCUCAAUUCACAGAUUUUUGCAGUGCUCAACAAGUUCCUCAAAUCAAGUGACUCUGAUGUGAUGGCAGUUGAGCAUGUACGGUGUUUUCCUCCGCCACUUCAUCCCACAUUGGCAGCGCAGGCUCACUAUUACCGGCCUGAACAUCUCCGCCAGACUGUCCAGCCAGGAGUCGUGGGAAACUGACAUGUGGGAGGUUUUGUCAUUCACUGUAUAUAAUAUUAAAAUAUCAUCUGCCUUUAACUAUUUAAUAUUGCAUUUCCAUCUCUGUGAGAUGAAUGGUAAUUACAAGACAUUAUCUGGCCAUGUUUAAAUUUGCUCCCACAUAUUAGGAAUGUGCAGGUACAAAUUCCUGAAACAAACUUGUUCCAAUGAAGAAAGUUGUCUUCUGGGUUUAGGCACCG